CCCGCCCUACGCUGCUUCUGAUUGGUUAGCACUUAUUUUCUUCGUCUUUUUGGGUUGGUUAGAUUCCGUGCGACUGCGCUGUUUAGGUUCAGGUGGGACCAAUGAGAUUGGUUAAUGUCAGGCGAAGAGAAAUUGGUAAGCCAAUCAAAUGCGAGGAGGGUGGGUCAUGCCUUCACCAUCAUCGGGAAAAAUAUGGCUAACGGGAGUAGGCUACAGUCAUUGGCCACAGUAAAAAUGUAUUAUUGUAAUAAAGAACAUGUGUAUUUUUUGUUGCUUUUGUCGUUUUGAACCCGGGUCUGACAUAUUGAAAUCGCUGAUGUAAAGCUAAGCCGUCGAUCUGGCGACAACACCAGCGUUUGUUUAAAUUCAUGGACAAAGACAAGUGUAGCGACAUUCAUGGUCAGUGCUCCUGGAUGGAGAUGCAUCAGUUCAUUGGUGACCUCAUCACAUCUGCAAACACCUCGAAGGAUCAGCCAGAUCUGCUAAACGCAGCAUGGGGCGUAGCUGGUGAUGGCGAGGCUCUGGGGUUCAAAGUUUCUUCACUUGAACCUCUACGACAACCUCGACCUGCUCAGGGCAAGUCAGAGGCGGAGCCUGGCCGACAGAUCCAGCCUGGGGCAUCACAGAGGAAGGGAGAGGCCAGAGACAGGCGAGACGAUGUGCAUUAUGCCUGCACCUGCCCUGGCUGCCCUUACUCCACUUCUCCGCCUACCUUUGAGAUUUUAAAAGCCAGACAAUCUUUGUCCUCACCACCACGCCCAGAUGCAGUAUGCCACAACUUACUGGACACCGAACCAAGCAGCAGCAGAACCACCACAUCUGAGCUCGAGACCAGGACGUCCGGUCGACCGCAGAGGGAGGAGGCAGACGGGGGGACUCAGAGCUCAGAACAGAACUCAGAGACUCCUUCCAGGGUGUCCUCGAGCUCCUUGUCCCACCUUUCCAUGUUUCCCUGCUUGUGUUGCCGUCGCAGCCUCCAAUCCUGCACCCAGAUACCAAGUCACCAGGAAGGCACGGACUCCUCGUUUUCACACACCCAUGCCCAUCAUCAUUUUCAUCACCACCACUGUCCUUUAACCUGCUGUUUGCCCUGUCCCCAGCUUGUCCGCUCUCAUGCUCCACAGCUUUCUGGCCCUCUUCCCUGUUUGUCUUGCCAGCACUCCUUCGCCACCUGUACUAAGGAGUGCCACCACCGCAGACAAACGCAUACUCAGCAACAAGAAGAAAGAGGCAGGGUGACUAUGACCAUGUCUCUACAUCCAUGUAUGCAUUGCUCGGCGUCUUUUUCCAGACCGUCCCAGUUGCUGCAGCACCAGCGCUCCGAACACGCCCACAAACCGUCCGGCUUCCUCUGCACGGAGUGCGGCAGGGCCUUCAACUCGCACAGCAACCUCCGCAUCCACCUCAAUGUGCACACUGGUGCCAGGCCCUACUCCUGCUCUGACUGCGGGAAGAGUUUUAGCCAAUCUGGGGCCCUGAAGAUCCACAGACGCAUUCACACGGGUGAAAGACCGUAUUCCUGUGGAUUUUGCGGCAGAGGGUUUCCCCAUCUGGCAGGGGUCAGGGCACAUCAGAGGACCCACACAGGAGAGAAGCCCUACCGCUGUAACCAGUGUGGGAAAUGUUUCACCCAGUCAGGAGCUCUUAAGAUCCAUACCCGCAUCCACACAGGAGAGAGGCCCUUUAUCUGCAGCCUCUGUGGGAAAGGCUUCUCCAACCGCUCUGGGAUCCGCUUUCACUACCGCACAGUUCAUGGACUGGCCCCCGAAGUACCACAUCCAGAAGCCGGAGCUGGGGGUGCAUCUCGGGGACCAGCAGGCCGUGGUUAUCCAACUGGGCGUCCCCGGACUUUUCCCCCACCUGGCGCUGGGCUAAAUUCACCCAGCAGCCCAGAUAACAGCUCAAAUACAGCUCUAAACUCCAGAGAUUCCCCUGCCUCGACUGCUGCUCCUCCUGGCUCAUCUCUUCUUGGCAGUAAUGAGAGCAAAUCUCAGUCAGAGCGCACAAACCCAGGCAGUAACAGAGAGGGGCUUCUGUAUGCAUGUGAAGAUUGUGGGCUGCGUUUUAAGGAUGCGCCAUCCAGGAACAGACACCAGACUCAGAUGCAUUACUCGUCUGGCGGGAGAGAAGAAGAGGAGGGCCAGAGGAAAGAGUUUAGCGCAAAUAAGAGGGUCAGUGAUAACAGUGGAGAGUGAAUGAUUGAUAUUGGUGUAUUACAACAGCUGAAUUAUCUGUGGGGAAUAUAUUCUGUAGUCAAAUACUAUUAAUCUUUUCAAUUUGAAAGAUUUUUGAUGACAACAUUUCUUUAUGGGCUAUUACUGUAUAGACUUAAAUCAAAUUUUUGAAUUACAAAUUUGCAGCACCUUAAAAAAAUUAUAGGAGAUGUUGUGUAUGUCUUGUCUGUUUUUAUAACAUAAGUUUGUUUGAUUUGACAGAAGUUCAGGCUGGUUGACAUUUUUCUAUAAGUUAGGUGUCCACUUGCCUGUUUGUACUGAUUGAUCAGUGCUACAAGGUUCAAAACUAACUUAAAAUAACCUUAAACACCUUGCUGCUGCAAUCAAACACCAAAAUAACUCCUAAAAUGUUUUUGUCUUGUCUUGCCACUUGUCUUAUUGUGCCUUACUCAGCUGAGGAGCAGGUUAGCGAAUUUAUUGCCAAAUGUGACACCACAAAAGUAUUUCUAGAACAUAACUUUUUUGAGGGUCUUUUAGUAACAUUUUCAGAUGGAGGACUACUGACCCUGAAUACAAAAGUAACAUUUUCUUUAUUUUCUUCUUUUAUAUAUAUUUCCUCAAAGGUGAUCAAUGUGAACAACAGUAAUGCCAUAUCUGUUUACUUAAAGUAAAUCCUUUAGUGACUUAAAUCUUUAUAAUCCCCAUAAAAAACUAAGACAAUCCAGUGGACUUUAAGUGGCACAGAAAAUGAAUAAGUAGGUAUGGAAUACAGAGUUAAUUUUAUUUAAUUCUUUAAGUGUUUCUCACACUUGGAAAGUUGCUGUCGUGGCAAAAAAAACCUAACAAAUCACAGGAAGGCCACAUACUGGAAUUGUUUUCUAUGUUGAGGUUUUGUGAUAUUCUUCAUAACCCCUCAAAUGAAACAGAAAUCUCUUUUCCAUAGUGAUGAGCAGCAACAUAAUAGCUCUGGUGUUUGGUUGAGGUAUGGGUGUCUUGCUCAAGGACACUGCAGUAGGUUUCAUUGCAGGGUCCUCCAUGCUAAUCAUGAUAUCACCCUGCCUGUUGUGCCUUUCUGUGUUACACUGAUAUAAUCAAAGCAUAUAUUUUAAACCAAUGUUUUGUUUGUUACUUUACUAUGUAUGUUAUAAAUGAAUGAUAAUUAUUUGAGGAAAGAGAACCAGCAAAUUAUUACAUUAUUGUUACAUGUUUAAAACUCAAGAGAGCCACCUAGUGGUAAUACAUAAUCAUAGCAACAAUCUUAACCACUUUGUUACUGUGUACCAUUUAUAGUGCUUCUUAAAUGUUGUUUUGAUGUUGAAAUUAUACAUUGUGAAUAGAACAUUUUGUCAGGACAAGUAACAUUCAGUCCACGUUUUUUGCAUUAAACUGUUAAACGGACAUACAUUACUGUAUGUGUUUUCUGAAAGUGCAGCUUGUGAUCAAACAUUUUAUCAAUAAACAGUAUCUCUGAGACACGA